CGGCGAUCAUUUAUUUUAUUUUUGAAUCUGAUUGUGAUUUGGUGCCUGAAAAUUUGUUCAUUUAUUCCUUGUUUCAUUGAAUAGACUAUAACUAAAUAAUUUCCUAAAAUUUGAGCUCUCACUAGUGUCAAUAAGGCUCCCUUUUCUCUCACUUCUGGUGUUUAUUAUUCACAUAGAUGCGGAGAUGGGUGUCAUCCAGCCUUCCCACUUCCCCUCUCAUCAUCCCCUUAUUUGUAUUCUGUCCAUACAGAUUGCUAUACAAAAUCCUUUUCUGAUGAGUUAUACAUUUCAACCCUUCUGUUUUUAGAAGACAGUACCUAUAAGAACUUAGGAAGUGUUGCUUUCCAAACUCUGCUUGCAUUGCAGUGAACCGAAAGGUGGCUGUUUGUGUAGUUGAUUAUCAUGGUCUCAACUUUCCAAUUUGUAAUUUUGCUAUUUGGUUUGGUACUCUGCCUAAUGUCUUGGGCUCUCCUUAAGUUUCUACGAAUUGUUCUCUGCCUUACUUCAAAGUUUAGGAGUUGUGUAUGCUAUUGAUUAUUGAUGAGAUAGGUUUGAUAGGAGCUGUAACCCCUUUUUGUUUCAAAUAUUUUUUUGACCUUAGUUUUUAACUUUAAAAUUUUAAAGUACUAGGUCUGAUUAUUGGUACUCUUAAAUCUCUUUGUUUAACGAGCCAUGCCAAAAGUCAAAGGAAGGGGUGGAGGUGGGAGGGUCUAGCAAAAGUGUUUGUCUCGGUCAAACUUUGGUAUGUUAAUUUGUUUGUUGUGUAAUUAUUGUCAUAAACAUUAACAAUGAAGUUCAAUGCUCUAGCUCUUAACAUAUUUAGGAAUUGUUUUAUAUCAUACUUUUGCUUCUCCAUCGAAUUCUUAUAGUAAAAUAAUGCUUUUAGAGAAUUUCUAUGGAUUAAAGUGAACAUGGAGGCCAUAGCCGCCCAGCAGUUUUAACAUUUUCUUACCUCUCCUAUUUCUACCUUAUCUAAUAGCCAUCUUGGUGGAAUGCAUGAAGAAGAAAGCCUGGAAUUACACUGGCUAGUGGCAUUUUUAUAUACGAGUAUUUUCAAGUGCUGAAAGAUGACAACCCCAAACCUUUUCUACUUUGACAUCACCCCUUGUCUUACCCUUAUAUAUUAUGCUUGGUCCGACGCUUGAUUAGUAUUGUUACUCAUGCUGUUAGAUUGAUUUAUAGAAUGAAGAAGAGUAGUGUCAAUCAUUUCAUUAUUCAGAAAGCUGACAAGAAAAGAGUGCACAACGCCGUGGAAAUGGGAACAGGGAAGAGCCUACCUCUAGUUACUGCUGAAGAUCUGUCAAUCCCUUCUCAUCAGGUCAUAGUAAUGAGUGCAAACAUGGGAUGCAGCUCCUGCCGUGACAAAGUGUUGAGAGUUUUGUCAAAAAUGACUGGGUUUAAAGAAUACACAGUGGAUGUACGCAAGAAGCAGGUGAUUAUCAAAGGUGAUGUAAAAUUUUUGUGGAGUGCGAAUUAAGAGGUUACUUGACUGGAGUACUUGACUUUGUAUCGAUUCUCUGAUGGCAAUGCGCUAUCUAUGACAGCAGUUUUUGGUGUAUUUUACUUUUCAUUUUGUGGUUGGAUCAGCUAAGCUAACUACAUGUGUAUGGUGAUAGCAGUCCACGAACUCACAGAUAUCCCGUCUUCUUUGCUUGUAAAUUAUUGAAGCUAAUUGGCCUGAUAGCCCUGAUUUG